CCACACUCAUCUCAUCUUAUCUCUUCUGCAUCUUCUUUCUUUUCCUCAACAACCUCACUUGUUCUACCGCAAACCCCCUUCUUUCUUUUUUACCUCGACUUCCUCCUUUUUUUUCGAACAACUUCACUUCAUUCAUUCGCCAGGAUGCGUUCCAACCUCAUUUUCGCUCUUGUUACCGCCAUCGCGGCCAUCAGCUCAGCGGCGCCGGCGCCCCAGGCUUCUGGUGCGCCCCCGUCCGGCACUGGGCUGGCUCACCCGCCCCACGGCAGUGGAGCUCCCCCGAGCGGCACUCCUCCCCCGCGCCCCUCCGGCACCGGUGUGCCCCCCAGCGGUGCCCCACCUUCCGGCACUCCCCCGGCUCAGCAGCAGCGCCGUUUCCGCGGCAUGAACCGUCGCCAGAACUCCGCCCACCCCUCUGGAUCCCCGCCUUCCGGCGCUCCCCCGAGCGGCACUCCCCCUCCUCGCCCCAGCGGCGUCGCCCAGCCCAGCGGUGGCGGUCACGGCGGCUUCGGUGCUCAGGAGGCCGGCGCUCAGCCUACUGGCGCUCCCCCGUCCGGUGCACCUCCCUCCGGCGUUCGCCCGAGCGGUCCUCCUCCCUCUGGAGCUCCUCCUUCUGGUGCUCCCCCCAGCGGUGCGCCUGCUCCCACUGGCAACGCCAAGCGUGCUGGGCCCUCCGGUGCUAAGCCGUCUGGACCUCCUCCUUCUGGUGUUCGCCCCAGCGGUCCUCCCCCGAGCGGCGCACCCCCCUCAGGUGUUCCUCCUUCGGGACCUCCUCCCAGCGGUGCCCCUGCUCCUACUGGCAACGCUCGCCGCGCCGAGUCUGCUCCUGCAGGCCCCAAGCCCACUGGCCCUCCCCCAUCUGGAGUGAAGCCUUCCGGUCCUCCUCCUUCCGGCGCUCCUCCUUCGGGUGCCCCGCCUUCUGGAGCUCCCCUCUCUGGAGCUCCCGCUCCCACUGGCAAUGCUCGCCGUGCUGAGUCUGCUCCCCCGGCCAAGCCUUCUGGCGAAUCUGGACCCCCCCCUUCGGGAGUUCGCCCCAGCGGCCCUCCUCCCUCAGGUGCUCCUCCUUCUGGUGCUCCUCCCAGCGGCGCUCCCAAGCCCACCAACGCCAAGCGCGCCGACGAGUCUGCUCCCGCCGGCCCUAAGCCUACCGGCCCCCCGCCUUCUGGAGUGAAGCCUUCCGGCCCCCCUCCUUCCGGUGCUCCUUCCGGCGCUCCUCCCUCUGGUGCCCCUCCCUCUGGUGCUCCCGCUCCUACCGGCAAUGCUCGCCGCGCUGAGGACGCCGCUCCCACCGGCACCAAGCCCACUGGUGCUCCUCCUUCCGGUGCUCCCCCCUCUGGCGCUCCUUCAGGAACUCCUCCUCCCAAGCCUUCCGGUGCUCAGGCCGAGGGUGCUGCUCCUUCCGGCACUCCUCCCCCUAAGCCCACUGGCACUCCCACCGGCCCCCCUCCCUCCGGCGCACCCUCCGCUCCCGCUCAGAAGCGUGCCGAGUCCGCUCCUCCUUCCAAGCCUUCCGGCACUCCUCCCUCCGGCACUCCUCCCUCUGGCACGCCCCCUCCUCGCCCCAGCGGUGCUCAGGCUGAGGGCGUCGCUCCCAGCGGAACUCCUCCCCCCAAGCCUACCGGUACUCCCACCGGCCCUCCUCCCUCUGGAGCUCCUCCCGCUCCCAACCAGAGCGCUUAAAUCAGUACUCUCUGAGAAGAGCCACGACAACAAUCGACGAGAUUUGAAGCCAUCGGUCCAGCCCACACAGCAGCAGCGAAUUUGAUACCAACUUGAGUUUGGGUUUGUCUUACCAGGAGACGUUGGGCCAUGACUGUCAAAUACUGAGAACAGAGAAAGAGAAGACGAAAAGGUGGAUAUUGACACGAGACAUGGGACAGUUGACGAUGAUGGCGGUGAUCACUUGGCUAGUCAUUUUUGCUAUGUAGAUAUUGGUUGAGAUUUUUGUGGGCAUUGUAUCAUAGCAUUUCUUUGAGAAAACCUGAGAAUAACAGCGCUGUUACUCGAAAUCGCUUCCAGCCUUCUGGCUUUCUUGCAAUGGUGAUUGUGACUGAGUUGUAGUUGUUUGUGGACGCACUUUCAAACUGUUGCCUGAUGGUUCCCGAUUCUGCCAUACACGUGGUUGGCAAUCUAAGGUUACGGCGAG